GCCCGGGGGCGGUCCCAGGCCUCCCGCCCGCCGCCGCCCUCCCGGUGCCCGCUCCUCGCUCGGCAGAGGCCGGAGCCCGGGUGCCGGCGGGCAGGAGGCGCCCGAGGAUGCGCGGCUGGGGGCUGCUCUUGCUGUGGGGGCUGCUCCCCGGGGCGGCGGCGGGGCCCUCGGGCCGGACCUUCCCGCACCGCACCCUCCUCGACUCGGAGGGCAAGUACUGGCUGGGCUGGGGCCGGCGGGGCGGCCGGCUCGCCUUCCGCCUCGAGGUGCGCACCGCCGGCUACGUGGGCUUCGGCUUCUCGCCCACCGGGGCCAUGGCUGCGGCCGACAUCGUCGUGGGCGGGGUGGCCCACGGGCGGCCCUACCUCCAGGAUUAUUUUACAAAUGCAAAUAGAGAGUUGAAAAAAGACGUUCAGCAAGAUUACCACCUCGAAUACGCCAUGGAAAAUAGUACACACACAAUAAUUGAAUUUACCAGAGAACUGCAUACAUGUGACACAAAUGACAAGAGUAUAACGGAUAGCACCGUGAGAGUGAUCUGGGCCUACCACCAUGAGGAUGUGGGAGAAGCCGGCCCCAAGUACCACGACUCCAAUCGAGGCACCAAGAGUCUGAGGUUAUUGAAUCCUGAGAAAGCCAGUGUGCUGUCUGCAGCCUUACCAUACUUUGACCUGGUAAAUCAGGAUGUCCCCAUCCCAAACAAAGAUACAACAUAUUGGUGCCAAAUGUUUAAGAUUCCUGUGUUCCAAGAAAAGCAUCAUGUAAUAAAGAUUGAGCCAGUGAUACAGAGAGGCCACGAGGGCCUGAUCCACCACAUCCUGCUCUAUCAGUGCAGCAGCAACUUCAAUGACAGCGUUCUAGACUCUGGCCACGAGUGCUACCACCCUAACAUGCCUGAUGCCUUCCUCACCUGUGAAACCGUGAUUUUUGCCUGGGCCAUUGGUGGAGAGGGUUUUUCCUACCCACCUCAUGUUGGAUUAUCCCUUGGCACCCCAUUAGAUCCGCAUUAUGUGCUCUUGGAAGUCCAUUAUGACAAUCCCACAUAUGAGGAAGGCUUAAUAGAUAAUUCCGGGCUGAGGUUAUUUCAUACGACGGAUAUAAGGACACACGAUGCUGGGGUGAUCGAGGCUGGCCUCUGGGUGAGCCUCUUUCAUACCAUUCCCCCGGGAAUGCCCGAGUUCCGGUCCGAGGGCCACUGCGCUCUGGAAUGCCUAGAAGAGGCUCUGGAAGCCGAGAAGCCAAGCGGAAUCCACGUGUUUGCUGUUCUGCUCCACGCACACCUGGCUGGCAGAGGCAUCAGGCUGCGUCAUUUUCGAAAAGGGAAGGAAAUGAAAUUGCUCGCCUAUGAUGACGAUUUUGACUUCAAUUUCCAGGAGUUUCAAUAUCUAAAGGAGGAACAAACAAUCUUACCAGGAGAUAACCUAAUUACUGAGUGUCGCUACAACACAAAAGAUAGAGCCGAGAUGACUUGGGGAGGACUAAGCACCAGAAGUGAAAUGUGUCUUUCAUACCUUCUUUAUUACCCAAGAAUUAAUCUUACUCGAUGUGCAAGUAUUCCAGACAUCAUGGAACAACUUCAGUUCAUUGGCGUUAAGGAGAUCUACAGACCAGUCACGACUUGGCCUUUCAUUAUCAAAAGUCCCAAGCAGUAUAAAAACCUUUCUUUCAUGGAUGCAAUGAAUAAGUUUAAAUGGACUAAAAAGGAAGGUCUCUCCUUCAACAAGCUGGUCCUUAGCCUGCCCGUGAACGUGAGAUGUUCUAAGACAGACAACGCAGAGUGGUCGAUUCAAGGGAUGACAGCGUUACCUCCCGACAUAGAAAGACCGUAUAAAACGGAACCUUUGGUGUGUAGAACGUCGUCCUCCUCUUCUCUGCACAGAGCUUUCUCCCUCCAGUUGCUCGUGUGCCUUACACUACUCUGUGGCAUGCUGAGCACCAACUGCCUGUGACUAAACUUCUGCUGUCCUUGGUGACGAUGUUUUCUGUGAUCUGAUCCUGCCAUUUAAAGUACAGGCUAAAGACCGUGUCCACUCUGGGCAUGAAGAGAUGGGCGUGAAGAGUGUGAAGACUUUUCUUCCACAUUUUCUCCUCCUCUCUCCUUCCCAGUCUACCUGAGAGACGCCAGUCGGGGGUCUCUUCUUUUCCUUAGAAAUGUAUAUACAGAUGGCCAAUAAAAUAAAACUGGCCUGACUUGACAUGACCAUUUUUAAAAAUUGGACGGUCAAGUGGAAAUAAAAGAAUUCUUUUAUUUCCUUCCACAUUCCAUUUUAUCUAAAUACUCACUGUUGCUAUUUCACUUUUUGGACUUGACUUUUAUGUUUCUUAUAAAAAAUUCAUUCCUCUUAAAACUAUAAAAGGAACUACUCUCCAUUCAUUUUCUUUCUUGUUCUUUGAGUGUGAACGUGUGAGUGUAACAAUAGCCCUUCCUGUCUUUAGCCUCCGGUUCUGGUCUUUUCUGUGAAUUGCCCAUGGGCUCCUUACCUCAGUGCUGUUCGGUGAUGUCCACUCUAGUCUCCUUGUUUUUCUGAGUCUGUGGGUGGCCCAGCCCAUCCCACACCCAUCUCGAAGGACUUUUUUUUCACCUUUCCUAUUCAGUACUGGCUAGUUGAGUUUUUUCAUUUUUGUUUUUGUUUUGGUUUUUUUGAGCUCUGUCACAACCUGAAAAGAAAGAAGCUAAGGGAAACACAGAAAUGGUGUGUGGCUGGGGAGAAAAUGCAAACCCAGUGCUGUGAGGGGAACUUUAUGAGGCUCCAGCUCAAAGACAAACAGUGUGAGUCAUCACCGAAGGGUGUGAGGUCCAUGUGGUUCCUCACUGACUGUUGAGUGACACCGUGGUGCGUACUGGCUCAAUCGGAGUCAUGAUUGCAGUUGUAGAUUUAUUUUUAUGUUAGUUAAGAAACUAACUUUCUAUGUAAAAUCGUCAUCAACUGAAAAUCUUGUCAUUCUUUUGGUUCUCUUUCUAUAGUUCAGCCAAAUCUUGUUUUAUGUCCUGUUCUCAUUUCUUAAGCUAAAUCUGUUUGGAUAUUAAUAAACUAAAUGAAAUGAAAUUUUUGUGCAGUAUCUUGUAUGCUCCUUAAGAAAAGUGAGUGAUUCCCUGCUGGUAGUAGUGUCAGUAAAAUCAAUAAGGAAUGUUGCAUUUUUCCGUUCCAUUUUUAAGCUCUUUGUGCCCCACAAUGUCUUCAACUCAAAUUAUAUUGUCUUUUAAAUAAAUAUUAUGUUUUGGAGUGUU